UCUGGAGGUGGGGAAGGCGGCGGCACAGGGACAGUGCUUGGGACCUGUGAGCGGGGCCUGAAAUGUGGCCCCGCCCCCGCCUCAGGGGCGAAAGGGCACCCUGGGUGUGGAUCAGAGCGGGGGGUGGGGGCGGGGUCUUUCCAGGGGGGGUGGAGCCUGGGCAGUUCGGGGCCUGUGGAGGCUGCACCAGGAUCGUGGAAGGAAUGGAGUCGUGAUCUCACCAUGUUUUAGAAAACCCGGAAGCGCCAAGUGAGUGCGGGCCGAAGACACCUGUGGAGCCUAUGCACACAGGUAGAGCCGGUGGCUCUGAGUCCAGGAACUCCAGUGGGCAGCUCCCCAGCACCAACCAUGAAUUACGUGGGGCGAGUGUUGGAAACGAUGAAGGAGCUGUACCGGGGCCUGAACCCGGCCACGUUGAGCGGCAGCAUUGACGUGCUGGUGGUAAAACAGUUGGAUGGCUCGUUCCGGUGCUCACCCUUCCACGUGCGUUUUGGGAAGCUGGGUGUCCUGCGGUCACGGGAGAAGGUGGUAGACAUUGAGAUCAAUGGGGAGCCUGUGGACUUGCACAUGAAGCUUGGGGACAGUGGGGAGGCCUUCUUUGUCCAGGAGCUGGAGAGCGAUGAGGAAUACGUGCCUCCCCGCCUCUGCACCUCACCCAUCCCUUGGGGGGGUCUGUCUGGCUUCCCCUCAGACUCCCAGCUGGGCACUGCCAGUGAGCCUGAGGGCCUCGUCAUGGUGGGCACAGCCUCCACUGGGCGGAGGAAGAGACGUCGCAGGAGGAAGCCCAAGCAGAAGGAGGAUGCAGUGGCAACUGAUUCUAGUUCAGAAGAACUGGAGGCGGGUGCUGAGAGUGAGCUCUCAGCUCUGCUGGAAAAGCAGAGGCCAGAGCCCUCAGGUGUCCAGUUGGAAGACAAGUCAUCACCGAAACCCGAAGACAUCUACCCCUACUCCGAUGGCGAGUGGUCCCCCCAGGCCAGCCUCUCAGCAGGUGAGCUAACAUUCCCUAAGAGUGACUCGGAGCUGGAGGUGCGGACCGUGGAGCCCAGUCCCCUGAGAGCCGAGUCCCACAUGCAGUGGGCCUGGGGGAGGCUGCCUAAGGUGGCCAGAGCUGAGCAGCCCAAGUCCUCAAUGGUCCUUGAAGGCAGAGCCGGGACAACCUCUCCUCCUCGGGGAGGACCCAGCACUCCCUCUACAUCUGUGGCUGGCAGCGUGGACCCUUUGGAACACCCGAUCCUGCAAACAGAGGCUGGCCCUGACCUGCUUCAGCUUGACACAGAGGAUCCCACUCUAGUGGGCCCUCCUCUCCACACCCCAGAGACAGAUGAAACAAAGACUCAGAGCUCUGGGGAUGUGGGCCUCCCUCCUGCCUCCAAGGCAUGGAGCUGGGCCACUCCGGAGGAUCCAGUUCCCACCAGGCAGUCAGAGAGGGUCUCCAGGGGGAAAGGCUCCCCAAAGAGAAGCCAGCACCUGGGCCCCAGUGACAUCUACCUGGACGACUUGCCCUCCCUGGACUCUGAGAAUGCAGCGCUUUACUUCCCCCAGAGUGACUCCAGGCUGGGGACCAGAAGAUGGAGUGAACCCAGCAACCAGAAGCCCCUGAGGGACCCCAACCCUGAACACGAACCUGAAGCCACUCCGGACACAGUGGAGACAAUAGCACUGUCCCUCUGUGGUGGACUGGCUAACAGCCGGGACAUCUCCCCAGAGAAAUUCAACCAGCACAGCGUCUCCUACCAGGACCUCACCAAAAACCCCAGUCUUUUGGAUGACCCAAACCUAGUGGUGAAAAUCAAUGGGAAGCAUUAUAACUGGGCUGUGGCUGCCCCCAUGAUCCUCUCUCUGCAAGCCUUCCAGAAAAGCUUGCCCAAGAGCACCAUGGACAAGCUGGAGAAGGAGAAGAUGCCCCGGAAGGGUGGGCGAUGGUGGUUUUCCUGGCAACGCAGUGACUUCCUGGCUGAGGAGCACAGUGCCCAGAGGGAGAAGACUGCAGCUAAGGAGCAGCAGGGGGAGAAGACAGAAGUCCUGAGCAGUGAUGACGAUGCCCCAGAGAGCCCUGUGAUCCUCGAGAUCCCCCCCCUGCCACCCUCCACUCCAGUUUCCACUCCUACCUACAAGAAGUCCCUCCGCCUCUCCUCUGAUCAGAUUCGGUGCCUGAACCUGCAAGAAGGUGCCAAUGAUGUGGUCUUCAGUGUGACCACUCAGUACCAGGGCACCUGCCGCUGCAGGGCCACCAUCUACCUGUGGAAAUGGGACGACAAGGUGGUCAUCUCUGACAUUGACGGCACCAUCACCAAGUCGGAUGCUCUGGGCCACAUCCUGCCCCAGCUGGGGAAAGACUGGACACACCAGGGCAUCACUAGUCUCUAUCGCAAAAUCCACCUAAAUGGGUACAAGUUCCUGUACUGCUCGGCGCGGGCCAUCGGCAUGGCGAACCUCACCAAGGGGUACCUGCAGAGCUGUAGCCUCCCCCAGGGCCUUGUCCUCUUGUCUCCCAGCAGCCUCUUCUCUGCCCUCCACAGAGAGGUGAUUGAGAAGAAGCCAGAGGUGUUCAAGGUCGCCUGCCUGAGUGACAUCCAGCAGCUGUUUCUGCCCCAUGGACAGCCCUUCUAUGCUGCCUUUGGGAACAGGCCCAAUGAUGUCUUUGCCUACCGGCAGGUGGGCCUACCUGAGUCCCGCAUCUUCACAGUCAACCCCCGGGGAGAGCUCACCCAGGAGCUCAUAAAGAACCACAAAUCCACGUACGAGAGGCUUGGCGAGGUGGUUGAGCUCCUCUUCCCACCUGUGGCUCGAGGCCCCAGCACAGACCUGGUCAACCCUGAAUACAGUAACUUCUGCUAUUGGAGGGAGCCACUGCCUGCUGUGGACCUUGAUACCCUGGACUGAACCUGUCCUGGCUGGCCCCUCCUCCCUGACCUGGCCCAGCACUCACUAGGUGCCCUGGGGUAUAGGAGGGUGGGAGCUGGAGUGCCACGGGGCAAACCCACUGAAGGGGAAGAGGGGCUGCAGGCUGGCUGGCAGCUGGAAAGAUCAGCCCAUCUUCCCGGUCCUGUGUACGGUCUCUGCCAGCUGAGCUGCAGCUGCUCCAGGCAUCAGUGUGGCACUUGCCUGGGGCAAUUAGUUUGUCAUCUGGGCCCCUGUAGAUUUCCCUCUUUUUUUUUUUUAUUUUCUGAGACCGGAUCUUGCCUCUGUUGUCCAGGCUGGAGUGCAGGGGCACGAUCUCAGCUUACUGCAACCUCUGCCUUUGGGUUCAAGUGAUUCACCUACCUCAGGCUCCCAAGUAGCUGGGAUUACAGGCAUGUACCACCACACCCAGAUAAUUUUGUGUUUUUAGUAGAGAUGGUUUUCACCAUGUUGGCCAGGCUGGUCUCGAACUCCUGACCUCAAGUGAUCUGCCUACCUCGGCCUCCCAAAGUGCUGGGAUUACAGGCGUGUGCUACCACUCCCAGCCUCCUUGCAGGAUUCUCUAUGCCUUUGAUAUCUCUGUCCCUGUCAAUCUGGAACCUUGCUGUAACUCUUGAUAGGACAGAGAGAAGAGGGAGGUUCUCAGUGAAGGGUUGGUGGCAGCAGUGGGAGUGCGGAGUAGCCUCUGGAAGGACAUGGUACUCUCCCCACAGGAUGUCUUUGCCUCCCACCCACUCCCCUUAGUCGAGGAGCCAGGACUGUAGCCUCUGAAGCCAGACAUCAAUGCCAAUGCAUUUCCCUUGCUGGUGCCCUGGCAUCUCAGCACAUGACACACACCCACACCUGCAGACUAAGGGAAUGUGGCUCCCACUUGGCCUGCUCCCCAUCUGGCUGCUGCUGCUGCUGCUGCUUCUCUCCACACUUCCCUUAACAACUCAGUCCCAAACCCAGCCGGGGCACGUGGCUGUUGGCCUGACAGUCCUCCCCAAGCCUCUGCUGGCCAGCUCAGGGCUCACAGCUGCUGGGUAAGCUCUUGCCUAAUGAGCUGUGGGAAACAGGGCUGAUGCCCCCAGCAGCAUCUCCUCUCACUGUCUUUGGUGAAGAAAGUAGCUUUAGACUGGCUAAAAGCUUUAAUCCAAAGCCUGACCUCCUCCAACAGUACCAGCAUGGAGGGCAGAAUGUCCAGGAACCAGAAGGCUGUGGGGACCUGAAGAACAGCACAGUGGGGCCCAUGUUGCUGUGGGGGAAACUGAGGCCAGAACCUCAGCAGAGAUGGGUGUCAGUCUCUGGGAACUGCAUAGGCCUGAGGAAUAUGAGUUUUCAAGUUGUCCAUUGGUAAUUUCGUACCUGAAUUUCUCACCUUUUGUGAACAUCCUGGGAGGAUGGGGUUUUGAAGGGAUGUGAAAAGCAAGGCCUGGAGCCCUUUCCUCCAUCUGGGAGCUCCUUCUGAGGGCCUGACCUCAUUUAGGCCACUUUCUAGAGAAAUGCCCUGAUUUCACGGGAAGGAUUUCCCCAGCCCCAAGUGGAAGGAAGACAGUGUGGGCCCCAGAGGGCUCUGGAAACAUCUUAGGGGAAGGAAAGGAAAAGGUUAAAUUUGGGGUGAGGGUCUCUAAACAGAUUACCUGGAUUCUGUUCUUUCCUGGGGUUCUACAGCUGCCUAAGCCCUCACCUUGGGGGAGGAUCCAAAGGAAUAAAGAGGACUCUUGGCUGA